ACAUGGGCGGAGGUGGACAAUCUGCAGUCGCACUACAGCUCUUGGCCGUUGGAAGAUGCGAAAGAUUGGCGAAAGACGAAGAAUCUGAUAGUAAAGCUGCUCGAGGACUGUGGCUUGCUGGAGAACGGUGACCGGGUGCCGCCAAUACCCCGGGGAGAUCCGUCGGACUUUGUUCUGCAUCUGGUCAGUAAGAUUGAAAGCAACGGGUUCGGGUUGUGGAGUCCGAAAACCGAGCAGUGUAUGGGGAGAGCUCUUUUUCCCAAUGCGAGUUACUUCAAUCACUCCUGCGAUCCCAACACCAGCGCAACCCAAGCAGCAGACGAAAUAACAUUCCGCACCAAGCGGCCCGUGAAACAAAAUGAGCCGCUCACCAUCUCCUACAUCGACGCCAACAUCCCACUCCACGCGCGUCGCUCACGUUUACAGCAGGAAUACUACUUCCAUUGCAUGUGCAGCAGAUGUGUAGCUGAAGAGGCGCGGGUUCCGAGCGCGGCGAAGGUC